AUGGCUCAUCGCAUCAUCACACAAGUCGUCGUCACUGGCGCUCGAGUUUUCGGACGAGCCUUCGCAGAGGCUUACAAACAAGCCUCUGCGACUUCCAAAUAUGCUGCCCAGGCGCAGAAGGGAAAUACUACAUCCGCAAGCACAUUUGCCUCCUCCGGUUUGACCCUCGAUGAGGCCUGUAGGAUCCUCAAUGUCAAGCCCCCGCAGGGCGGACAAACGGACCUACAACAAACAACGGAACGAUUCAAGAAACUGUUCGACAUGAAUGACCCCAAGAAGGGCGGUAGUUUCUAUUUACAAAGCAAGAUUCUCCGUGCGCGCGAACGGAUAGAGAUGGAGGUUCGGGAAGCGGAGCGCAAGGCCUCUGCGGAAAAGGAGCUUAGUGAAGGAUGGAAGCCCAAGGUCUACAAGGACAGGUGA